AGUACCAGAAGAGGAAGCACAAAUUUUCAUUACACACUUUGAUAACACUUGCAAAUCGAAUUUUGCAUAAUUAGUUUUUUAAGUAUUUAUUUAAGUGGCGCAAUCAACAUGUCGUGUCUACGCUUAGCAGUCGCGCUUAAUACCGCACGUCCAUUGCCAUUAAGCAACCAAAGCCUACGCAUAUUAUCCAAACGCAACCAGGAAAUUAUAUUUGCACGCCGUCAAUUCUCCAAAGCGGUAGAGGAAACUGCUCGCAAAGCAACGAAAUCCAAUGGCACAUUUAAGCUGGCUCUGCUGGGCGCAAGUAUUGGAGCUGUGGCCGGAUCAAGUUAUACGUUUUACACAAAUUUCACUGACAAGAACGCACACAAGGAGCACGAAAGAACGCCGCCCAAAGUGAUUGAAGCUCUGCCGGCCGGCGUGCGCAUCACAAAGCGUUUUAUCAAUCCGAAGGACACGUCCGGCCUGGACAUCGUGCUCUUCCAGUUCCAGACAUGCCCCUUCUGCUGCAAAGUGCGUGCUUAUCUCGACUAUAUGGGCGUCUCUUACUCCGUAGUCGAAGUGGACGCAGUGCUGCGCCAGGACAUCAGAUGGUCGUCAGUGAAGAAGGUGCCCAUGGUGUUGAUACGUCAACGCAAUGGGCAAUAUGUGCAAAUGACCGACUCCAGUGCCAUAAUUUCGCUGGUCGCCACAACAUUGAAUGAUAAACGCGCGGAUGUUGGUGAAUUGGCGCAAUUUUAUCCACAAAUCUCGUUCUUUGACGAUGACGGCAAGAAGAGACAGGAUAUUAUGAACAAAUACUUCAUGAUGUACCAGGAUCACACGCCAAAAAAUAUGACCAAGGAGUUGGAAGAGAACGAACGCAAAUGGCGAACAUGGGCAGAUAGUCAUCUAGUGCAUCUGAUAUCGCCCAACUGUUACCAGACUCUGAAUGAGUCCUUCGAAACCUUUGAAUGGUUCUCGAAGGCAGGCGAAUGGGAUGUUUACUUUCCCAAGUGGGAACGUGAUUUGAUGGUUUACUGUGGUGCCACCGCCAUGUGGGCAAUUGCGAAGAUGCUAAAGCGAAGACACGAUCUCAGCGAUGAUGUCAGAUCCCACAUUUAUGAUGCACUCGACAAAUGGAGCGUGGAGCUUAAGAAGCGUAAUACGAAGUUUAUGGCUGGCAAACAGCCCGGAUUGUCAGAUCUCUCAGUGUUCGGCGUAUUGAGCAGCAUGGAAGGUUGUCAAACAUUUAAGGACUGUCUGCAGAAUACCAACAUAGGUAAAUGGUUCUAUGACGUCAAGGAGCUUGUGGAGCAAAACCGUGGUCAACUUCAUAGAGAACGCAUCGUAGGAGUGGCACCAACAGCUUAAAUAAAAGUACCAGUUAUUAUUGAGUCAUUUACGCCCAAAGAUUGUUUAAAGUUCUUAAUAAACGCUACUUCUUAUUUUAA